AUGCCAGAUUGCGUCCGCCUCUUCCACUCAUCUACGCUGGGAGCGGCGAGCGUGCAGCACGUAACCGACUGGUGUCCGCUCGUGGAAGAGUUGAAGGCGUAUACCAUUUUGCGUGUCGUGGACGAGAUGACGCUGGUUCACCAGGAUGCCGGGCUCGCGAGGAAGCUGGCUAUGCGCCAGAAGAUGGAAAGGAAAAAAGAACAGGAGAAGGUGGGGAAAGGCGAGGAGACGACGGAAGACAUGGCAGAUGUCUGA